GGCAAUGCUACCAGCACAGUUCGCUCGGUGAGAUCGGUUGGAAGUUCCGAGGCGAUGUUUUCCUUUUCUUUCAGAAACACGUGGUGGUGGUGCGCUACGGCGGUGAUUUGUAUCUCACUCGUUUUCGACAGCUCCGCAGCUCAAGAUCGCCAUCACUGGUACCAGCAGGCUAAAGCACAACUAAUGAAAAAUCUGAGAGAUGUGGACAGCUCCGCCAUUGCUAAAAACAUCAUUCUCUUCAUUGGAGAUGGCAUGGGCCUGACGACGGUGACCACGGCAAGAAUUCUUAGAGGCCAACAAAAAGGCCACAGCGGUGAAGAAUAUGAAUUGGCUUUCGACAAGUUCCAGCAUGUGGCUCUUGCAAAGACCUACAACACGGACAGCCAGGUGGGAGAUUCCGGUGCCUGUGCGACUGCACUUCUCUGUGGUGUCAAAGGAAGGUUCGAGACGGUGGGACUGGACGAUAAAGGGGUCUACAACAGAUGCGAAAGCAGCUUCGAGUCAAAAGUGUUUUGCUUGGCAGAUUGGGCCCAAACAGAUGGCAAAUCCACCGGAUUGGUGACAACCACUCGGGUGACGCAUGCCACUCCUGCAGCCAUGUAUGCCCAUUCGGCCAACCGGUAUUGGGAGAGCGAUGAUAAGCUGCCCAAGGACAUCCCUAAUGACUUCAGGGCGAAAGGCGAAUGCAAGGAUAUUGCUCGACAGCUUAUAGAGGACAGUCCUGGAAAAAAUUUUAAUGUCAUUUUUGGAGGAGGCCGGCGGCAUUUUUUGCCUCGUGGAGAGCUGGACACAAAAAAUCCGGAGAACGCCGGACGUCGGGAAGAUGGCCGAAAUCUGAUCGAAGAGUGGCAGAGGGACAAAAAAAGCCGUGGCCUUCCCUACAAGUACGUGUCUCGGAAAAGAGAACUGGACAAAGUGGACCCUGUCAAAGUGGAUUACUUGCUGGGCCUGUUCAGCCCGGGCCACAUGGCAUACGAAUCGGACAGGGACAACGGUGCUGAAGGAGAACCCUCCAUCGCCCAGAUGACAAGAAGAGCCAUCGAGGUCCUCCGGAAGAAUCCCAGAGGAUAUUUUCUAAUGGUCGAAGGAGGACGUAUAGACCACUCCCAUCAUUUCAACAACGCCCAUCGAGCUUUGGUGGACACUUUGGCCUUUGAGGAUGCUGUCAUUACGGCACUUGGAAUGACAAGACCAGAUGAUACUUUGAUGGUAGUCACUUCAGAUCACUCCCACGUCUUUGCUUUUGGUGGAUAUCCUAAAAGAGGCAAUCCUAUAUUUGGUGUUGAUGACAAGCCAUCUGAUGUAGAUAAUAUGCCUUACACAACCUUGCUUUACGCCAAUGGUCCAGGUUACAACCACAAUUUUCCCAAUGGAAGAGAAAAUCUAACGAAUGUUGACACAGAGGACAAGAACUUUAUACAGCAAAGUGCAGUACCUCGUCGUUGGGACUCCCACGGCGGCGAAGACGUCCCAGUCUACGCGCAUGGGCCCAUGGCCCACCUCUUCAGGGGUGUGUUUGAGCAGACCUACGUGCCCCAUGCUCUCGCCUUCGCGUCCUGUAUUGGACCACAGAGGGAUGACUGCGAACGCAGGAGGCAAUCUUACCAUCGCCAACUAAUCGAAUGUCCAUCGCCACAUAUUGUGGAAGAAGACAUUAAUUCUGUGGUGGCUUGGACACCAUCCAGAUGGUGUAUCACCGUUUGCUUAAGUCUGAUGCUGCUCAUUCUGAGACAUGAUAGGACAUGAGAGGUGUCAGAAUGGACUGGAUACUACAAGAAACUAAGCUG